AUGGCCGAGUACUCCUUCAUAGCCCACUCGGCCCCCUGGGUCCACGGCUCAGGUGCAAUGACGCCCUCGCGACUGCGCUCUCUGUCGCCCAUGCCCAAGAGCCAUGUCACACGAUCCAUGUCGACACCACAGCUCGCCAAAACCGCCCAGUCGCAAUCGCAGUCCGAAAGCGACGGCAUCAACACCAUCCCCGACCCGCGCUCGGCCACUCCACAGCCGCCUCUGUCGCGCCACGACUCGACCGACUCGCACCCCGACCUCAGCCAGGAAGUCUCGACCCUCAGCACCAAGCUCAUCAACGCCAUCAAUCACUCCACCAUGCUCGACGAUGCACUGCAGCAGACGAGACACGAGCUCGACGCCGCGCGCGAGAAGCUGGCCCACCUCGAGGCCCAGGUCAAGGCCCAUGAGGCCAAGCUCUCCACGGGGCUGCUGGUGGACAAGGUCGUCUACGACAAGAUGGAGAAGCAGCUGUCCACGGAGCUGCGCGAGGAGCGCAAACGCAGAGCCCACGCAGAAGCUGCCAAGCGCAAGACGGACAGCGAAGUCGAGGCCCUGACGGCUGCCCUGUUCGAAGAGGCCAACGUCAUGGUUGCAGCUGCGCGCAAAGAGACGGAGGCUUCGGAGAAACGCGGCGAGCAACUCAAGCAGCAGUUGGGCGACGCUGACGUCCUGCAACACUCCCUCCAGGACCAGCUGCACGAUCUCAAGGCCGUUGUCGAGAGGAUGAGCUCUCAUGGCGACGACAACGAAAGCCACGCUCUCACUGCAACCACCGCUCCGUCAACACCAGGCAUCGCUCCGGCCGACAAGAUGAGCAAGCUGUUCGAGGCCAUGAACCUGACACCCACCACGCCGGGAACCGACGACAUCAGCCCCGAUCAUCCCCUCCACUUUUCGCAUCUUAUCCAUCCCGUACUACGCUCCGAUCUUGCCGCUUUCAACGAGUUUCAGGACAUGCUCAAGAUCAGCGCCCGUUCCUCUGCCCCAGCAAGUCGCGCAUCCAGCGGCAACUACAGCAGCCUGAAUGUGCUGGGACUGGCAUCACUGACCAACAGCUCCACCACGUCGCUGCCCUCCAAGUCGCCCACCUCGGCUACCAACUCACCUCGCGAAUCUGUAGCCACUGCUGGUAUGCCCAACCUCAAGGACGAGAAGUUCUAUAAACGUGCUCUGGUCGAGGACAUAGAGCCAACACUGCGUCUGGAUAUCGCCCCCGGUCUCUCAUGGAUGGCACGCCGCACGGUACUGAACAGCAUCACUUCUGGUUCCCUGGUCGUAGAGCCGAACCCUGCUCCUCCAUCCAAAUUUCGGGUUCCCAUCUUUCCAUGCUCGCUUUGUGGCGAAGCAAGGAAUGGUGAUCAGUACGCCCGAAAAUUUCGAUUCAAGCCCUCCGAUACUGAAGACUCUCAGCGCUACCCCUUGUGUGACUGGUGUCUGGGUCGCGUUCGGGCAACGUGCGACUACAUUGGUUUCCUACGCAUGGUAGCAGCGGGGCACUGGCGCGCAGAGACGGAUGAAGAGAAGAAGUCGUCCUGGGAAGAGAGUGUGCGACUUCGCGAACGCAUGUUCUGGACUCGCGUUGGUGGCGGUGUGGUUCCUUCCUUCGUUCCUUUGCGAGAUGGCCCACGCAGUCCCACAUUCACGAACAGCGAUGUGAAGAUUGAAGAGAGGAUGAGUGAAGAGAGCAUCAUGUCGUUUGAGCCUCGAGACAUCACAGCAGGUGGUUCUGCUGCGUCGAUGGCGAAUGAGCCAAGGAAGAGCGAUGAAGACCCUUUUCGGAGCAAAAGCGGUGAUAAGGUCAAGAGAAUUUCCAUUGGCAAGACGGUCCUUUUGAAGCACAACGACGCUUUGACCUCAGAGUCCAAGACAAUCGCCAAUCCGGAAGCCGAAACAUCGUCAGCCGAAGCUCACCACGGUAGUCAGAAUGAGUCUGUCACUGCAGCCCCGUCAAUACCCUCAUUGACAGUGGAAGAGGAAAAGGAUAUUGAACAGCAAGCUGAAGCUCAACUCCAAGACGAAGUGAACAAGUCUCUCGAUACCAGGAAAGCAACAGCGGUCUCUGAACAGGAACAGGAAAUGACGAAGCUGGAGGAUCCGCGCCUACAGCGUCAACGCUCCUCUUCGAACCCUGCACCUGCUUUGCCGAGCAGAGAGAAGGAUGCCGGUGGCAGUAGACUUAGUUUGAGGAUGCCCGGUACGAGCAUGCCUGGUGCUUUCGACUGA